AUGAUGGGUCAUAUGGGCCAUGAUUCGGGCUACAAAAUGCACGGUGGCGUGCAAGCUAAGGGUAGAUUGGCCGGUAUCGGUGGUAGCCAAAAGAGUGCCAAAUUUGAAAAAGUCACCAAAUUCCACCAGGGUGGUGACUUGGAUUCGUACGGUAAACCGAAACAGAAAUAUGGAGCAUACAAAUCAUAUGGUCAGAUGAAAGAGUACACGCACGAUUUCGAGAACAGAAAAUACAACGUAUACGGAGACGUUGAUGUCAGAGGACACGGAGGUUUGCACGGAGGAUCGAAAGCCAAGGGUCGAUUCGACUCUCACGGGCAUUACGACGCUCAUGGCAAAUUGGACGAGCUCGGCAAAUAUGAUCGACAUGAGAUGUUCAAGGGCCACAGCCAUGCUGAUCUCUAUGGUCGAGGUUACGGUGGAAAGAAGUUCGAUGAUUACAAUGGCUAUUAA